AUGGCGACCGAGCUCCCCGAGACAAUGCAGGGCCAGUUCCUCGAAAACUACAAUCAACCCUAUCAAUUACGCACCGUCCCUCUACCGAAACCCUCACACCCAGACGACGUAUUGAUCAAAGUCGAUGCCGCAUCGUACUGUCAUACUGACUACGUUCUGGCCCAAGGGCAGAUGCCAGGAUUUCCCAAGUCCUUCCCUCACGUUGGUUGCCACGAAUUCGCUGGAACGGUAGUCUCACUUUCCGACCGCCCAAGCACAGAAGCAGCUUGCUUUAACGCAGGGGCUAGAGUUGGGGUUACCGGACGAGCAUAUCACGCUUGUCGGGAGUGCUUCGAAUGUCAGGGUUCGAAAGACCCAAUAGCAGAAGACGAGAAAGGCUACUCGGUGCACUGCACACGCGCAGAGAACAACGGAAUCAGCAAAGACGGCGGGUUUGCGGAGUAUGCAGUGGUUGAUGCCCGUCAGCUGGCGCCCAUACCGGAUGAACUGUCGGCAACGGAGACCGCCCCGCUGAUGUGCGCCGGUAUUACAAUCUACGCUGCACUCAAACGGUGUCAAUUGCAACGUGGUGAUCGUGUCGCAAUUAUGGGGGCUGGUGGGGGUCUCGGUCAUCUUGGCUUGCAGUACGCGACGAAGAUGGGUUUCAAAGUCUUGGGAGUAGAUGCAGCUGACGAACCGCUCAAAUUGGCCAAAUCGCUCGAAACUGGCGCCCAUAUUGUGGAUGCCAGAUCAGAGAAAGCAGCCAAAAUCGUGCAGCAAAUUGGUGCGGAAGAUGGGAAACGCGAUCUUGAAGAAAAGGGCGUCGAUGCCGUUAUAAUCCUACCAGAGAGUCAAGCAGCAUUCGAUUAUGGCAUGACACUGCUAAAGUCCCAUAGGAAGUGCGUAAUCGUGUCUUUUCCUGAGGCCGGGUUUCACAUAUCGUCUCGGGAUAUUGUGUUUCGAGACAUCUCAAUUAUCGGCAGCCUCGUUGGAAGUAAUAGAAUGCUGCGAGAAAUGUUAAAUUUCUCUGCUGAGCAUGGUGUACGGGCGGUGGCCAAGUCAUUCCCGUUGUCGAGCUUGAACGGACUGGUUGAGGACUACCACAAGGGUGGCGGUGGAAAAUUGGUCAUUGACAUGGCGCUGGAUAAGUAG